UCAGCUACACCUCCCUCCACUACAACACACUCAAACCGCUGCUUUAUUCCCCCUGUUUUCAUUUCUUUUGCCUUAUAUUUAACGUGCUCGGUAAAUGUCGACGAAAGGAAGUAAAUAAAAGGGCAAAUGAGAGAUUUAAGAGUUUUUCUUGACUCUUUGCAGCAGCCCAGGACCUGCAUAUCUUACCUGAGACUGAGGAGGAGGCUGCUCGUCAACAGCUUGGUGCAGUCUUGAGGUCUCCUAUUUCCUGUUCGUUUUCGCUGCUGAACUGAGGGCCUUUUUCCAUCGAAGAUGGCCGGAGAGGACGACCCCUGGAAAGAAGUGCUCGAGAGUGUACAGGAUGCUGUGGGCCAGCAGGUCAAACUGAGCAUGAAGAAGAAGGUGCAGCUCGAGGUUAAAGGGGACAAACUGGAGAGCCGAAUCCUGGCUCUGGCUCCACAUCGGGCCUUUCUACUGUCCGCUCGAGUCCCUGCCAGGAUAGAACAAACCUUCAAUUUCUUUGACAUUCAAGCCGUCAGCAGCAGCAAGCCAAACCAGUUGGUCGUGGAGUAUGAUAAAGGCCAGCUGUGUCUGAAGCUCAGCUCCAAUGAGGAGGCUGAUGAAGUCAUCGCUCAGAUUGGGAGCAGCAUACAGGAACACUGUCCAGGACUAAACCCAGUGAGGGUGAUGAAGAGACUAUCUCUAAAACCAGCAGAGAGGGUGGCCGGUCUGCAGACACUGUGGGACAAAAACACACCUACUGACACUGGACCCUGUGGUGCUUUCUCUCGCAUGUAUUGGUGUGUGUGUGAUCAGUUGGGUCUUCCCUACAGAGAAGAGGUGCAGUGGGACGUGGACACUAUUUACCUAACCCAGGACACACGAGAGCUAAACCUGCAAGACUUUAUACACCUGGAGAACAGGGAUCUGAUGGCCAUUGUGGCUGUGCUGGAAUACAACCAGUGGUUCACCAAACUCUCCCUGAAGGAUUAUAAACUGCCUACAGAUUUGUGUGAUCAGAUCUUGAGAGUAGUGGCUCGUUCUAGCAGGCUGGAGGAGCUGGUUCUGGAAAACACAGGACUCAAAGCUGAUUUUGCACAGAAGUUGGCCAACGCUCUGAGCCAGAACCCACACUCAGCUCUACACACACUCAACCUGGCCAAUAACUCCUUGGAGGACAAAGGAUUAUCGUCUCUGAGCUCUCCACUGGGAAAACUUACAUCUGGUCUGAAGCAUCUAAACCUCUCAAAAAACUCCCUCUCAACUAAAGGUGUGAAUAUUCUGGCUCAGGCUCUGUGCGCUAACUCUUCUGUCUCCAACACACUCACACACCUUGACUUGUCUGGGAACACGCUGAGAGGAGAUGACCUGCCUAAUCUGUGGAAUUUCCUGGGUCAGCCAAAUAGCCUGCAGACUCUGGACCUGUCCAACUGUGACUGCUCCCUCGACCUGGUGUGCUCGUCAUUACUGCGAGGCUCUUUAAAGCACCUUUCUGUUCUCAACAUGUCCAAGAGUGUCUUCAAUCUCAAGAAAGGGAAGGAGUUACCAUCUUCCUUCAAGCAAUUCUUUAACAGUGCACAGGCCCUCAACACCAUCAUCCUCUCGGGCACCAGGCUGCCACUAGAGGCCCUUAAAGCUCUGUUACUGGGUCUGGCCAGCAACCCUAACCUGAAAGACAUUUCUUUGGAUCUGAGCAGCUGUGAGCUGCGAUCGGCUGGAUCCCAGAUUCUGGAGGGCUGUAUAGCUGAGAUACCCAACAUCUCCAGCCUGGACAUAUCGGACAACGGUCUGGACUCUGAUCUGACCACUCUGCUGGUGUGGCUGGCCAAAAACCGCUCCAUCAGACAUCUGUCUCUGGGCAAGAAUUUCAGCAACAUCAAAUCCAAGAAUCUAGGACAGGUCCUGAGCAGUUUGGUCCUUAUGAUCCAGGAGGAGGAGUCGCCACUGAGCUCUCUAUCGCUGGCCGACUCGAAGCUGAAGGCGGAUCUGUCCAUAGUGCUCAACGCCGUGGGAGGAAACAGCUCCCUGACCCGCCUCGACAUCAGCGGAAACGCCAUGGGUGACAUGGGGGCCAAGAUGCUGGCCAAAGCCCUGCAGAUCAACACUAAACUCAGGACUGUAAUUUGGGACAGGAAUAACGUCAGUGCUCAGGGGCUACAGGAUGUGGCAGCUGCUUUGGAGAAGAACUACACUAUCCGCUUCAUGCCGGUGCCCAUCAUGGAUGCUGCGCUGGCGCUCAAAUCCAGCCCAGAGAAAACUGAGGAUGCCCUCAUGAAGAUGGAGCAGUAUCUAUUGAGGAACCAUGAGACGAGGAGAUACCUGCAAGAACAGGCCUACAGACUGCAGCAGGGCAUCGUCACAUCCACUACACAGCAGAUGAUUGACAGGCUGUGUGUGAAGGUGCAGGACCAUCUGAACUCUCUUCGCUUCAGUGAGAGGCCGAGUGUCCAGGAGGACAUGAGGGCAGCAGAGAGACUCGUACAGGACGCCCGUAACUCAAAAAGACUGUUGGCCAGUAUGUACCACCUGCGCUCAUUGCGAGAAGGCGGAGGUGCAUCUGAUGGUGUGGAGAACCCAUGGGCAGGGCCUAUCCAGGAGAAACUGCAGUCAAUGGCAGGAGAGAUCAGCACUGUCAUAGAUCAACAGCUGCAGAGUUUGUUGGUGUCCAUGGUGGACACGGCGGAGAGUGUGUGUCCUCACGUGAUGAGCAGAGCCGUUCUCAGGCCGGUUCUGAUGCGGGCGAGCGAGGGGAGGAUGAGUGUGCCCCAGACCUUCAUCACGAACACUCUGCUUGAGCAGUCCGCCGUUGACAUCAUCAACAAAAUCAGUGAAGUAAAGCUCAGCUUGGCCUCGUUCCUCUCUGACCGCAUCAUUGAUGAGAUUUUACAAUCCCUCUCUCGCUCUCAACACACACUGGCGGAGCACCUAAGUAGGCGUGGCCAGCCGCUGUUACAUCACGAUUCAGAGGAGACUGAGGUUGUGGAUGAGAUACAGCUGCAGCCAGAGAACCUUCCAGCACCUCCAGAUGAUCUACUGCUGACUCCCACAUCCAAGAGGAAGAGCAUUCUCUUCAGGAUGGUGCGGCCUGUCUCCGUGGCCUUCGAGCUGGAGUUUGAUCUGGAUAAAGCUCUAGAGCAUGUCCCCAUCCACAUGGAGGACCUGCCCCUCCCCCCUACCCCUGCCCCUGUGGAGGCGGAGUUAGAGAGGCAGGAGAGUGUGUGUUUUAGCGACCUGCCAGAAACAGAGUGUCCCAAACUGAAACACAUCACCAAACAGAGACCCCGCAGGAAGAAGACCAGCAAACCCAGCAAACCUCCUGCCAUCCGGAGCGCUCCUGCUGAAGACCUGGAGCAGGACGGGCUUGUGGCGAAAGUUGAUGAGGGAGUAGACGAGUUCUUCGCUAAAAAAGUCAUAAAGAUCAUAACCAUGCGUUCCUCUGUGAAAGACUCGGUUGUGGAUGGGGAGAAGAAGAGGGAAUCUCGCAUGAGCGGCUUCUUCAACCUCAUCAAAUCACGAUCCUCGACCAAAUCCUCGCCCACCAGUCCUCACACACCCACCACCGUUCCUACCAGCGUUACCCCAACAACAGCAACAGUUCCUGUAGCAACAACCACCAACACAACAAUAACAACAGUGCCAUCCAUAGAGGAGUCAGAUGAAGUGGAUCCCUCAAAGACUGCAGUCAGAAGUCCAGUUCCCGAACACUCUUCUGAGCCAGUCAAGACUCAGGAUAACCAAGUGGAGAAAACUGACCCAGGUGACCAUGGAAACACAACGAUGACCUCUGAGCCUAAAGGUCAUGCAGAGGAGGGUAAGAAGCGUGACGGGCAGCAUGGGGGCCGAAUCCGAGGGGUGCAGGUGAUGGGUAAUGACUUCCUGGCUCAGCUCCGGGCAAAACAGGAGAAGAUGAAAGAGAAGGCAGUUGAUUCCUCAGUUUCUACAGCCAAAGCUGAGCCUGAUCACGUUGAUGGAGACCCUGGCGCUGUAGAGAAGCUGCUUCAUAAAGAGCGCCAUCCAGAGCCAGCAUUUAGAUCCCACUCUCCUCAGUCUCAGCCAAAACAUGGUGGUCCUGCACCUGCACCUGCGCCUCUGCAUGCACCUGUUCACACACCUGCAACCAAGCCCACACCUGCCCCCACACAGACAGGCACCAAAUCUUCACUCAGCCCCCAUCCCAGCAGCUCCAAACCUCUCCACAGCCCUCAGGCUUCUGUACCACCAAGCCCAGAUAGGCUCCCGAGCCUGGAGCACCUCCCCAGCCCUUGGGUUCCUCCUAGCCCCCUGACCAGUCCACCAAGCAGCUGCAGCUCCAGCACUUCAGCAGAUGAUGUCUCAGGUCACUCCAGUACCAGCUCUUACCCCAAACUGCCCAUAGUGGCUCUACACCACAAGGAGGCGCCAUCUGACAUAGAGACAGAGGAGCAGUCACCCGUCUAUCACAGCAUGGAUGGAGUCCCACCUCAUAUAAUUCUGGACAGUGCAGCAGAGGACAAUGUGUUUGAGUCAGAAUUGAAUGCACAUACUUCAGAAACAGGACAACACUGCACUUCCCGUCACUCCUCCACCAAUCCUGAUGAAGAGAAAGUUGGCCUGAGGAGAGACUCUGCUUUAGCUCAGAACCUCAGCACUGCAGACUCUGACACACAGCACCAGACUGCUGACCAGCACACUGACCCAGCAUCAGCCCACAGUGAGCCACCCAACCAGGACAAAACAGCAGAAUGAACACAAACCAACCAGGACAGUGCUGUAAAAUAACUGUCAUGCAAACCAGGGAAGUUCCAACUGACUCUUACUUCACAGCCAAAUAUACUCUUAGAGCAGGGUGGUUGCCUUCUUGCCUUUACAAAUCAACUAUGAAAUUAGGGGAAUUCCUUUUUAAAUAAAAUGGUUGAGAUGUAAACAAGGAGUGGUUAGAUAAGAAAUGCUGCCUUUUAGAGAACCUGAGUCAGAAUUGUUCACAGUGGUGGUGAUAGGAACCAGACAUCUGAAGAGUUUAAUGCCUCUAAAAGCUCCUUCACAGAAAGGUAUCACAUUAAAUGGUUAUAAAUACACUGUUUGAUGCGAAACAUUGUUUUAGGACAGUUUUUAUCAUGUUUGUUUCUUUUUUAUGUCUGUUCAUGUUGAGGUGAGGUACAUGUUGAGGUGAGGUACAUGCAGUGUGUUGUUGGCGACUUGUUUUUUUUCAGAUGUAUCGCUAUUUCCCCAUCAUCAACAUUACAUAUAAAAACUCAGAUGACAGGUGUAGGUUCACUGGUGGUUUUGGAUGGUAAAUAAAAUGGCUGUAUUUGUGUUGUAGACAUUGUGACUCCUUGUUUCUAUCACCACCACUGUAAAGAAAUCUGAGCAAGUUUCUCUACAGUGAACAAUUUCACACCAGACCACCCUGACUGACUUUGCUUACAUCUCAACCACUGAGCUAUGCAGGAAUUUUGAAAAAUGGGUGGAAUUCCCCUUAGCUCCUGCUAUUAUGAGCCAUUUUCCAACAAUCAGGACAAAUGUGAAAAGUAUCUGUACUUUCAUGGGUGAGCUGAAGUCUGCUUGUGCUUACUGAGCACUUCUGUGAUUUUAAGGCCAGAUGUUUUUUUAUAACUGUCAUGUGACUAUAAUGACAUUUUAUGUGUCUUUAUUUAUAUGAAAUUGACACUGAACUCCUCCUCACCCCCCAUUCAUUCUCUCUUUCUUUUCUGCCUCUCAUUUUCUUUCUUUUGCUCUUCUUUCUCUCUUUUUCUCACACAGUGUAAUGCAGUAGAAGAGGAAUUUGCAAAGUGCUACAAUCUUAAAGAAGAUGGUUCUUGAAAGGUUCUUUAGUAAAGACAGUCGUCCUAUUUAGCACCAAAAAGCGUCCUUCUAUUGUUAUGAUGUCGAGCUUGUGACAAUAGAAGAAGGCUUUUUUGUGCUAUAUAGAAUUCAUGGUUCUUUGAGUGAUCAUGGUUCCAUAUGGAACUAUUGUCUUUACUAAAACCCUUGAGGAACCAUCUUUUUUUUCAAGAGAAUAGAAUAGUCAGGUUCAAGUACACUCUUAAAAAAGAUGGUUCUUCAAGGGUUCUUCAGUAAAGAAAAUGGUUCCAUAUAAAACCAUGAACACUCAAACAACCCUUUGUAUGAUUUAAGGGUUCUGUGCAUGUUGAAAGUGUUUUUCAGAUUGAUGGAGAAUGUGUUGUACAUGGUUUUAUAUAGAACUUUUCUGAAAAGGGUUCUAUAUAGUACCAAACAAGUUAUUCUGUUGUUACAGUGUCAAGCUUGUAAUAAUAGGAGUGCACUUUUUGGUGCUAUAGAGAUCCAUUUACUAAAGAACCCUUGAAGAACCAUAAUUUUUAAAGUUUGUAGUUCUAAUGCUAAGAGAUUUACCAACACUGACUGUCCGCCAGAUAUACUACCAGUCCUAUGCCAUACUAUAUAACUUCUACAGUGUAGAGUUAAAUAUUACAAACAAUUCAACAAAAGAUUUUACUUUUUUAUUUAAUAUUUCAAGAAAUUUCAAGAAGAAAUGUUAUUAAAUAGUAAACAGUAUGAAGUAAUUAUCUGUUUACAUUCAUUUUUGUCCUGCCUUGAUAAUUGAUCACCACUUUUGAAUGAUGAAUUCUGGAUAUUAAUACUAUUUAACUCAAUAUCUCAGUCAUAUUGUAAUCCUAUAUGGCUCUGUUCAUCAUUCUGGACACAUCUAGUACUUCUUAACCUAUCAAGUAGCGCUGUACUAACAUAUUAGAAUCCAUUUAUGCAUUUAUCUGAAACCAGGUUGGUUUCAUUUUAUUGCAAACGUUGAUUACAAACUUUUGUAAGGUAGUUUAAGAAAACCGUGCUUCAUCUCUGGGUUCACUAUAAUGUUGCCUCACUGAAGUGACACUAGUGACCCAUUUAAACAAGGUCAAGAUUUUGUAACAAAACCAUGUAACUGAAAAUUUAUAGGAGAGUAAAAAGAUGUUCAUAUGUUACUGUAACAAGAUUUUAUUCUAACUAUGAAUCAUUUCUGUUGGACUAAUUAUCAUGCAGUGUUCACACAAUGUAAAGCGAGCUCUAAAAUAAUAGAGUUAAGAGGUGUUCAUAUGACACAUGAUUUGUUUUUCCUAAGUUUAAAACCCCUUUGAUCAAUUGCAUUCGUUCUGAGAAUCUUUCAAAGCCUGUAUAACAUUUUACUAGAUUUUUAUAAAAGAGUAAAGAGUAACAUGAUUAAAGUUUAUGUAUACAUCACAUACUGCUUGUUACAUGGCUGGCCAUGUGGACACUGAAACACCAGCAUUUUGGUUAAACAGUGUUUGUUUUUCAUUCAUUAACAAUGUUCAGUUGAACUACAAUUGCACUAGAUGGUAUUACAUUUUGUAAAUCUUUACUAAACACUGUAGAUUUUAUGUUUAAAAGGCCCACAUCCCACAUUUGUGUUGCAUUUUAUUUUUUCCCCUGAGGUCCACUUAUGAUGUUCCAUUUUGAUCAUUUCAGUCUUUCUUGAUGCCUCAGUAUUAAACAGGUUUUGUUAUUGUGCCUGUAAGAUUGACAUAUAGUUGUAUGCAGACGUUUUUAUACUUCAAGUGAGCCUGACUGAUUUUCUAAGUGAAAAUAAGUUAACAAAUCCUCAACAGUAAAAAAAAAUAAUGACAUUUUCUCCAAAUUUUAGAGCACAAUUUCUGUUCAUUUGCUGAGUUUAACAUAUUUAAAAAAUGCAAUAAACUAAGUGUGCCAUAACUUUUGCACAGGCCACUUUUUAUGUUUUAUUUUUUCACCACCAUGUUAAAUUCAGCAGAUAAGCAGUAAUUGUGCAUGAAAAUGUGCAGAAGUGUGUUCUCUACAGAGGAUGUGUUCACAUUUUUUCCACUUAGAAAAUCAAGAUGUCAUUUGACCAGGGUGUCAAAACUUUUGCAUACGACUGUAAGUAAAUGGUGUCUAUUCUGAUAUGUAAACUAUUUGUUUUUUUCAUGACUUCAUAUAAACAAUAAAUUUGUUAGGCAGGUUAGUUUCUAAUUGAAUUUUUUUUCUGUAAUAUGGGCUGAUAGGAGUUAAUAUACAACAGAACAUGGAAACAAAGCUGUACUAGCUUACUGUGCAAGUUCUGUCACUGUGGUUCAUUUUGACUGAUUAAUUGUAUAUAAAACUACUUAUAAAAGUGGUAAUAGGAGAUAUGGUUUAUUUAGAUCUUUACUAUUCAUUUAUUAGCCAUGUUUUAUCAUUUGUGGUGUGGGUAGCUUUUGCUUUGUACAUUUUCUUUUACCAAAGAAUGAACUGAAAUGUUGCUGUAAUAAUGGAUUAUAUGAAUAUCUGCUGAGAUAUUGGUUUUAUAAGGAGAACGUAGACAUGGUGGCAUAACCAAAGUUAGAAAUGUUACUAAAAUGUAUAUUUUUCAAUGUAUUUAUGCCAUGUUGCUUAUUUCUGUCAAUAUUCAACUAUUUGUAAAUGUGUUGCAUCUGAAAAUAUAUAUUUUUACCCUGUGAAA